GUUUUCAUUUUGGUUUUUCCAUUUUCACUUGAUCAUUUUUAGUUCUUGUUUCAUGUUUUUAUUUAAUUUCAUUUUCCGUUCGUAAUUUAUUGGUUUGUGUGUGUAUAUACCUACUAAUAUAAUCACUGUUUAUGUGUAUGUUGGUGUUUUAAUCAGUCUCUCACCAUGAUGAAUAUUGAUACCCGGAGUAUUGAAAGAUACUCUCAUUGUCUCUGUCUCCAUGUUCAACCCACCUCACUGAUUAUUGGCUUUAUUCAUCUGAUCUCUUCUCUUUUGAGUAUCGUUCUACACUUCGAGGAUUACACCCAAUACCAUGAAGAUGAAAGACGUAUGAUUGAUCUUCAUCGAUCAACAACAACCUCAUUAAACAUGAUGGUCAGUCUAAUGAUGGCCAUUGUCUCAGCUCUAUUAAUCUAUGGUGUAACGAAAUCUCGUCCAUCUUACCUGAUGCCCUUUUUUGGUGUUAAACUUUACAUUUUUUUCUUCUCCCUUCCCGCAUCCAUUUCCAUGUUAUGCUUUUCACCUCAUAUCUCACAAUAUGAGUCCAAUGGUAGAACCUGGGGAGGUGAAAUGAAACGCCUAUGGUCAUCAUCUGAUCCAACUACGGCUUACACUUCAUCCAUUUUCAUGGCUCUCAUUGAAUUUCUCUAUCAAUUAUAUUUUAUCUGUGUUAUAUGGAAAUGUUAUCGCUAUUUAAAGCUUAAAGAAGCGGUUAUUCCCUUACAUAUACCUUAUCAUCUUAGAGGAGUUGAGAUAACUGUUCCCUCUGAGAUUGUCACAACUCCCAGUGCCAUGGCUCCUCCUGAUUAUGAAACUGCAACCAAACUGAAUCCACCACCAGAUUAUGAUUCAGCAAUUAAAAACUAUCAAAUGAUACCUGGAGAAAAUCAAGUUAACAAUAACAUCACAAGCGUAACUGAACCAAUAACGAUAACGGAUUCACAUAAUAAUACAAUAAGAGAGGGACAACAGCAUCAUUUUAAUAAUUCAUCUCACCUUCAAACUAAUGAUUAUCAUAAUGUUAAUCAGCUUUCAGGAUCAGGUGAAGAUAAUAAAGGUUCAUCUUCAGAGAAAUGUUCAGCUGAUAAAAGUUCAUUUAGUGAGACGACAACUAGUCAUCAUCCUCCAAGCAGCCAAAAUGAUUCAAAUUACGAUUCAAGUUAUCAAUUGACCAGUAAUCAUGAUGUCGGUGGAACCAAUAUUGAUAAUUCAAGUUCAACAUGUGAUACAACCACCACCCACACAACCACCACCACCACCAAUGACUCCAGUUAAUUGAAUUAAAAGCCAUGAGCCUCAACUCCUUUCAUCAAAUUGUUACCACCGCCUUCCAAUAUACCCACCUUACUCUACCUCUCUCUCUCUUCAUGUCUCUUCAUUUACCUCUCCCACCCUUCACAAGGAAAGUGAGAGAGGCGGAGAGAAAGCGAGAAAGUCAAAGACAAGAGGAUAAAUGCUACAAAAACAAACCACAACCAUGAGCUGAUUUUAAUUCUUAUCAUUAUUAUAAACAAAUAUUAUUAUGAUUAAUUAAUCUACACUAAUUACUAAUAUCCUCUGGUGAAAAAAAAAGUAUAUAUAAGUUUUUAAGUCAACAAAUUACAAGAAGAAGAAAAAAAUUUUAAUUUUUCUGCCAUUUAAACACUAAUCAAGCAGAGUGGACUUAACUACUAUCAUCAUUUCUGGUCAUCAUCUUGAUCAUCAUCAUCAUCAUCAACAUGAACAUCAUCAUCGUCAUCCAAUUAAUUAACUAAUUGCUUUCCCAGAUAUUUGCACAACCAACAUAAUUAAAUGAAAUCAAUUAUUAUAAUAUAAUAGUUAUGCCUUCAGUGAGAUAUCAGAGACGAUAUAUAAUUUAUAUUUAUAAUUUACAGAGUAAUGUUAACAAUUAACUACAAGAAGAAACAAAAAAUUUAAUGCUUAAAAUUAACUUAAUUUAAUUAAUUCAUGAUGAAAAAAACAUAA